AUGACUAGAUGGGAUACAGCUUUUGUCAAAUUUGACUUUUCGUAGCAGGUUAGAAUAAUUUACACAGCAUGUUAGGAUAAUUAACGUAGCACGUUUGGAUAAUUAGGUUAAGAUUUGGAAAAAGGUCAGAGUUAGCUAAAAUGACAAAAUAAAUACACUUUUGACAAAAGCUGUAGCCUUUCUAGCCUUGACCACUUACUGGGUGAAAGGUGAUGAGAAGCGCUGCAUACCCCACGAGCGGAGCAACAACACAAACUACCGCAAGCGCCUUCCUCUGCAGUCUAGUCUAAAAAAUAGCCGCAACAUUAUUUUUAUUUUGAAUGGACGAGCGUAAACAACUAUUCACAUAUCGGAAUUUGCAGAAUAUCACAAAAUUCUACGGUGACAACAUGGCUAACCAGGUGUUUUGGUGCUGUAGGUAACAUGACCAACCAGGUGUCAGAGUUCCCCACUGAGCGGACGUUCCAGUACCAGCAUAGCCUGCCUCCUCUCCCUGUACCGUCUCUAGAGGGGAGCCUCGCCAAGUACCUGGAUGCAGUGCGGCCGUUUGCUACAGAGGAGGAGUACCAGGUGACUGUAGCCGUAGUGAAGAGGUUUGGAGAGGGCAUCGGCAAAGACCUGCACCAAAAACUACUGCAGAGAGCCAGGACACGCAGGAACUGGUUGGAGGACUGGUGGUUGGAUGCAGCCUAUCUGGAAUUACGUUACCCCUCCCAGUUGAAUGUGAACUUCGGAGGUCCUGCACCCUAUCUAGAGCACUGCUGGCCCCCUACAGAGGGAGUACAGCUACAGAGGACCAGCAUAAGCAUGUGGCACACUCUCCAGUACUGGGACCUGCUUCGCACGGAGAGGCUGGACCCUCAUAAAGCUGGUAAUGUGGUGUUGGAUAUGGACCAGUUCAGAAUGCUGUUCUGUACAUGUAAAGUUCCUGGAGUCACCAAGGAUACCAUCAUCAACUACUUUAAGACAGAGAGCGAGGGUCCAUGCCCCUCCCACGUGGUGGUGAUGUGUAAGGGGCGUUUCUUCUCAUUUAAUGCAGUGUGUGACGGACACAUUCUUACCCCUCCAGAGCUGCUCAGGCAGCUGACCCAUGUGAAGCAGUGUUGUGAAGGGGAGCCAGCGGGAGAUGGUGUCGCCGCUCUCACCUCAGAGGAGAGGACACGCUGGGCUAAGGCCAGGGAGUAUCUGAUAGGUAUAGAUCCAGCCAAUAAGACCAUCUUAGAGACCAUCCAGAGCAGUCUCUUUGUGGUCUCACUGGACGAUGCUAAACCCUACGCUACUUCAGAGAACUACACACUGGUGACCCGGGAAGCGCUGACAGGAGACCCCACCAUCCGCUGGGGAGACAAGUCCUACAACUCCCUCUCCUUCGCCGACGGAACCUUCGGAUCCAAUUGUGACCAUGCCCCCUAUGAUGCCAUGGUGCUGGUAACUCACUGUUACUAUGUGGAUCAGCAGCUCAAAGCUACAGACGGCAAGUGGAAGGGCUCUGAGACGGUGCGGCCUAUGCCUCUUCCUGAAGAGUUGGUCUUCACUGUGGAUGACAGAGUCAGGAGUGACGUUGCACAUGCCAAGCAACAGUACUUCGAGACUACUCAGGACUUGCAGGUGGUGUGUUAUGCGUUCACCUCGUUUGGGAAAGCAGCCAUCAAACAGAGGAAGCUCCACCCAGACACCUUCAUACAACUGGCCCUUCAACUGGCUUAUUACAGACAGCAUGGGAGGUUAGGUAGUUGCUAUGAGACAGCGAUGACCAGAAGGUUCUACCAUGGCAGGACUGAGACCAUGAGGCCCUGUACCCUGGAGGCACAGAACUGGUGCCAUACCAUGCUCCUCCCUGCAGCCAGCGCUGAGGCUAAGAGGAAAGCCCUGCUGCUGGCCUUCAACAAGCACAACAAACUGAUGGCUGAGGCACAGAACGGAAAAGGUUUUGACAGACAUCUCCUGGGCCUUUACCUGAUCGCCAAGGAGGAGGGACUUCCUAUGCCAGACCUUUUCACUGAUCCACUGUAUUCCAAGAGUGGCGGGGGCGGUAACUUUACCCUGUCCACCAGUCUGGUUGGCUACACCACAGUCCUGGGAGCGGUUGCUCCCAUGGUGCACCAUGGCUACGGGUUCUUCUACCGCAUCGGAGACGACAGGAUCGUGGCUUCCUGUACAGCGUGGAAGUCCAGUCGAGAGACAGAUGCAGAAACACUGUUCCAGAACCUGGUUACCUCCCUACAUGAGAUGUUACAUCUCGCUACCACAGCUCAGCUCUAACACACACACACACACACACACACACACACACACACACACACACACACACACACACACACACACACACACACACACACACACACACACACACACACACAGUUUGUAGAUGGUAGUCAAUAAUAGUUUAGUUUUGCACAGAUCAAUGCAAAGGCACAAUUAUUGUUUUCUACAUUUAAAAAAUAAAAAUGUGUUAUUUGUUUAAAUGCAGCUCAACAAAUUAGUUAAUUUUGCACUUAGUGAAUCAUUUUCUGUGAUUUUAUGUAGCAGCUAGAUCGGGGAUUCCCUGUUUUCAAAAUGUAUAGAUUGAAUUUCCUACCACGAUUCUGUUUAGAUUUCGUCUGUUUUUAUGUUGUGAGAAACAUUUAGUGUUAACCCAUGCCAUGCACUGUACACCGCUAAGCUAACAUACACAUCCUAACUCGCCGUCACCAUACACUUCCACUCUGCAGUGACCAGCUUAGCAUCGCGUCACCUGUCCCUGGUCAUUAGUGAUUCAUGAAUAGUAUUCUAUUUCUACAUUGAUUGGCUUUUCCAGAAGAGUGACUGAGGCAUAGAUGUUCUUGGUUGGUUGAAAUGACUCUUUUAGAACGUAACUGUCAUCGUAGCUGUGAAAUUGAGAAACAGAGAAACGGGUCAUGUUGUCUUUGACUACCGUCUCACCUCAGGCCUCAUGGGUAUUAUAUAAGGGCCCUACUCAAUCAAAAUUGUUUUCCAGUUUCCAUGGCAAGAAAAAUGAUUGUUUUUAUGUUUUGCACAUCAGUAGAGGAUUAUGCAUUUGGCUGGAUAUGAUCAAUGAAACAGUGUUUGGGUGAGACGGAAGGAAACCCAAGUAAAUUAUGAUGUGCCUUUUUGCUGUGUCCUUAUUUUAGUCUGUCCCCAGAGAUCUGCUUAGUGGUUUUGAUUGAAUAGCUCCCUAAUUGACCAGACUUUUUAGACUUUAAGCUGCUGAAUAGCUCUACCACUCCUAUGCCAGAUCCAUAGGCUGCCGCCCUAUGCAAUAUGCAAUUUUAUGUAGUAGAUGUCUGUAAUAUUGAACAUUACUGUCACAAUAUUGAUUUUUGAUGCUCUCCAACACGGCCAUUGUGUUACUACCUUUCAGACAGUCUUGAGAUUUUCAGCAUGUUUUUUUGUUGUAAAUGAUAGAAAAGUGAUAAAAGAUGAACGCUGCAUUUGAUUCAGUCAACAAAAUGAAAAGAAGCUGUUUUAAUGCCUAAAGUAGUGAAAAUGAUGUAACCCACUUUACAGUAGGAAAAUUAUAGUAUUGACUUGACUGACAAUGUAAACUUGGAAAAUGUUUUAUUGAAUAUGAAAGUUGUUUAGUGUGAUUGAACUGACAAAUCAAAGUGAUUGAAUCAUGUCAUGAGCCCAAAUAUUCAAAUAAAACAUCUUUAUUAAUGAUACCUGUUUACAAAAGGAAAAAAGUAAUGCAUACAUACAGUACAUACCCAAGCAGAGGUUAGUUAAUUCAGUGCAACGUAGAAACAGGAAGUGGUUUGUAUCAAUAUACUGUCAGUGCUUGAGCCCCAACCCUCAGGUGUGUGUGUGUAUAUCACUCAACAUAUUACCUACAGUUAAGGUAAACAAAACAUUCAGGAACUCUUUGGUCCUUUUAAAUACCUCAGGCACUUCCAGUAGCAUGAGCAUAGCACAGAGACCGUUUGGAAGGCCACAUCUCAUGAUCAUUUCAAAAAGAAUUCCUCUCAACAUUAAAGGUCCAAUGCAGCUGUUUUUAUCGCAAUAUCAAAUAAUUUCUGGGUAACAAUUAAGUACCUUACUGUGAUUGUUUUCAAUUAAAAUUGUAAUUUAAAAAAUAAAAAUGACUGGUUAGCGAAGAGCAAUUUCUCAAGCAAGAAUUUUGCUAGGACUGUCGGAGUGGGGAAAACUGAAAACUAGCUGUUAUUGUCAGAGAGUUUUUGAACUCUUUCUUAUUGGUCAAUAAACCAAUGUAUGCCUGGUGAUGUCACCAGGCAGGCCAAAAUUUCCGGGCGGGCUUUUCAAACAGCUCUUACACUAAAAGGGCAUUAUCAUAAUUUUCACAAUUUUAGAAUCACCUUUAUUAUCUCAUAGUGUGGAAAUAUAUAAGUUGGUAUACAGAUGACAUACAGUGGAUGUACAAUUUUUGUCACGCCCUGGUCGAAGUAUUUUGUGUUUUUCUUUAUGUAUUUGGUCAGGCCAGGGUGUGACAUGGGUUUUUGUAUGUGGUGUGUAGCUUAGUGGGAUUGUAGCUUAGUGGGGUGUUCUAGGAGAGUCUAUGGCUGUCUGAAGUGGUUCUCAAUCAGAGGCAGGUGUUUAUCGUUGUCUCUGAUUGGGAGCCAUAUUUAGGCAGCCAUAUUCUUUGGUUGUAUUGUGGGUGAUUGUCCUGAGUGUCUUGAUGUCCUUAGUCUGUGUUAGUUUGCACCAGUUAAGGCUGUUUUGGUUUCACUACGUUUAUUGUUUUGUAGAGUUUGUGUUUUGGAUUCGUGUUACCUUGUGUAAAUAAACAUGGAUCACAAUA